AUGCCUCCCCGGAUACCGUUUCUCAGCACAGCUUCGUGCUGCCGAGUCGCCGUCAACACUCCCGCCACCUCAUUGACAGCCUGUCUUGCCAGGCUCACCCUCCAGCAAACCCAGACCCGUAAUGCUUCGAUCCUAGGCAGCCUGGCCAACAAUGCCGGCGCUGUCAAAAACAGAAAACGAGUUGGUCGCGGUCCCUCGUCAGGCCACGGAAAGACCUCCGGAAGAGGUCACAAGGGUCAGAGACAGCACGGAAAGGUCAAGCCCUGGUUCCAGGGUGGUCAGACGCCUCUGAUUGUGAAGCACGGCAGGAAGGGUUUCGACAACUUCCGAGCACCCAAGAUCUCAGAGGUGAACCUGGACCAGAUCCAGAACUGGAUCGACCAAGGCCGACUCGACCCCACAAAGCAAAUCACCCCGAAGGAGCUGAUCGAAAGCAAGCUGAUCGGCAGCGUCAAAGACGGUGUCAAGAUUCUCUCCCGCGGCAGCGAGGCCCUCAAACAGCCCAUCAACGUCAUGGUAUCAAGAGUCUCGGCAGGCGCAAUUGCCGCCAUCGAGGCCACAGGAGGCAAAGUUCUCACCAGAUACUACACAAAACUGGCCAUCCAGCGGCUGCUUACUGGCGAGUCCGUCAACACCGACCGACCCCUACCUGUUGGCCCUGAGCAUGUGGAGUCAAUCUUGGCGGAGGCGAGAAAAGGCCCAUUCCGAUACAGAUUACCGGAUCCUACGAGCCGUGCCGAUAUCGAGUACUACCGAGAUCCUGCACACAGGGGAUACCUAAGCCACCAGGUUGCUCCAGGCCAGUCACCCAGUUUGUACUUCAAGGUGCCUGGCGUACAUAAGGAUUCGUGUUGCAUUGUAUUGCACUUCAUUCCUAGAUAUGGUCAACGCUGUUCCAUCGCGUAUCUGCCCUGCAGAUGCGACGGGGCUAUGCACCAACGGCUAUCUAUACAAUGCACCUACUACACUCGGCGUCUCACACCCAUGUCGCUCUUUGGAGACGAGCCCACCGACAAUGGCCCAGCCCUGGGCUCGCCGCCGAGCCAUCGAGGCGGUCUUUUCGAUGACGAACCGGCGUCUGGCCGCAAUUCCUCCAGCCUCUUCGACGACAACAGCGGCGCCUCUUCGCCCUGGGACAUGCCCACGCCGCGGAAGCAACGCAGCCGGUCUGAGAUGAUCCGCAACCUGCUGCCGGCGUCGGACGUGCCCGAGAGCUACAUCGGGGCAUUUGAUGCCGUGGUGGGCGAGGAUGGCCGAGAUGGCCAGGUCACAGCUGCUGGCAUCGCCAAGCUGUUCGCCGUGGCUCGGCUGGAUGCCGAUGCCCAGGCGCGCAUCAUGGCGCUGGUGGCUCCCGGCCAAGGGUCCGACGUUUUAUUGUCGCGCAACGAGUUCAACGUGGUUCUCGCGCUGAUUGGCCUGGCGCAAGAGGGCGACAUCAUCAGCCUCGACGGAGUUGAUGAACGACGAAGAAACAUACCUCAACCCAACUUACCAGGACUAACCGCCGAAGUUGUCAUGCCUCCUAUUACGGAACUUGCGGCGAAACCACCACAGGUCCCUUCCAAACAUGAGACAGAGCCCGAGCCAUAUAAGCCCGAGCCUCAACCCCAGCCUCAGCCACAACAUCUCCCGGAACCACAACCCGAGCCCGAGCUUCCGCCGCCUCCUUCAAACGUCCUAGCCAGACCAGCCAUGGUUGACCCCGAAGACGAUCCGUGGAACACGCCAGACUUGCACAAGGGCCACUCCCAUUCCCGCUCACAUGGAUCGGAGAAUCACGCCCCUGCGGUCAAUGGAAACAAUCACGAUUUCAACCAGAAUGCGCCUCCAUCGUUCGAGUCACGUCCUACAAACCAUUACAGUGCCCCGCCGCCCGAGUCAACUCGCCCGCCCAACCGCCCCAGGCAAGUCUCGAGCAGCUCUUUGUCAGGCCCAGGCGGCUGGGGAGGUGGCUUCUACAGCAGUUCACCUUCUGGUGGUGGCUUUAAUGAUAUGCCUCCUCAGGUUCAGAACCCACCGAUGCCCACUAUGCAGAACCUAUUUGGAGCAGACGGCGCUGGUGCAGUGUCUGGGGGUCCGCAGGCGCCUCCCCGAAGCUUGGGCGGCCGCGUAGGAAACAGCGCGGAGGAAAACGUCGUCGUAACGCUCAUGCCUGGAAAGGAGGGUAUCUUCAUGUUUCAGCAUCACAACUACGAGGUUACGAGCCAGCGCCGAGGGAGCAAAGUCGUUCGCCGGUACAGCGACUUUGUCUGGCUGUUGGAUUGCUUGCACAAGAGAUAUCCGUUCAGGAUGCUGCCACUGCUGCCGCCCAAGCGUGUAGCUGUCAAUGGCAAUCAUCUGUCCAACGACGGCGCCUUUAUCGAAAAACGACGACGAGGUCUGGCUAGGUUCCUAAACGCCCUCGUACGGCAUCCGGUGCUUAGCCAAGAGCAGCUAGUCGUCAUGUUUUUGACAGUUCCUACAGAACUCGCCGUUUGGAGAAAGCAAGCAACUAUUUCUGUCCAAGACGAAUUCACCGAUCGGGCGCUGCCCCCUGGUUUGGAAGAUUCACUCCCGCCCACCAUCGAGGAUCUGUUCACCCGAACAAGCAACGGAGUUCGUCGUUCUUCCGAGCUGUACAUCACUUCCUGUAACAUCAUGGACCGUCUCGUCAAAAGAACAGAAGGAGUCGCGGCAGAUCAUGCACGGGUUGCCAUGUCGCUCAUUUCGCUCACGGAAGCCUCAGCAGAUACUUACGCCACCGAUACGAGCGAAGUUCCGCUGCUCAACGACGGUUUGACAGCCAUGAGCAAGCAUUUGCGUACUUGCCAAAGCUUACUCGAGGAUGAGAGCCGGGGAUGGGAUGAAGGGGUGCUUGAGGAUCUGAAGCGACAGCGUGAUGCUUUGGUCAGCCUCCGCGAGCUAUUCGAUCGAAGGGAGCGAUUGGACAAGGACAACAUCCCAUAUCUGGAAAAGAGAAUACAGGCCAAUGAGACCAAGCUAGCCAACUUGCGUUCUAAGCCAGAGGGCCUCGUCAAGCCGGGGGAGAUUGAAAGGGUGGCAGAGGCCAUCAUCAAGGAUAAGGAGUCCAUUGUGCAGCAGCACAACCGCUCCAUCUUCGUCAAGGAAUGCCUCCGAGACGAGCUCAUCACCUUUCAGUCAACCCAGUACCACGUCAGCAGAUGGAACCAAGACUGGGCUGGCGAGCGCGUCAAAUAUGCGGAGAUGCUGGCGGAUAACUGGCGUCGCCUAUUGGACGCCCUGGAGGGUAUGCCUCUGGGCGAUUAA